AUGGUUAAGCGUCGGGAACCCUCUCUGCUCCUCGUCCCGGCGUCGCAACCCUCCAACGACGCCGUCUCGCUCGCCACGACCGCCAACGCCCACGGCCUGCACGACACCUUGAGCCACGGCAUCCGAUCCCUCGCUGCAGACGCCGCACCCAAGCACCCGCUCGAGAACCGCCUUGCCCAGUGGGACUCGACCCGCGAGAACCUCGCCCUCACCCUCGCGCGCACCACCUACGGCCUCCACGCCCCGGUCCGCCUCGGCAUGGAGCGCGCCCUCGUCCAGUCGGCCCCGACCCCGCUCUCGCUCGGCCUCCCCGGCAAUGGCUUCACAAAGCCUGGCAACCUCGCCCUCGACAUCCUCAUGGGCCUCGACGAGGAAAUCAGGCCCGAGGACGUCCUCAUCGACCGCGCCCAGUCGACCGCCAUGGGCGACUUCCACCUCGGCAUGGAGCGCAAGCUCCGCCUGCCCUGAUCAGGCCGUGCCCGCCGUGCCGCCGGUCGUCGUUCGUCGUCGGGGUGGAGCGUUGUUGUACGAUAGCCUGUCGAGGUGGGCGGGCGGGCGUCGAGUCGAGUCGAGUCGAGUCGAGUCGGCGCGAGUAGCUUUGGCGCGCGCCGCCCCUUUUUGUAACCCACCCUCGAGCCGUUCCCCCUUUCU